GGGUCUUCAUGGCGGAGAAGAUCUGUGGGUUUAAGUUUACGGCAGAAGGCAAAACAUGGAUGCAGAAAACCCCAUCAAGGAAAGGGUUCUCAUUACAGGAGGAGGUGGUUACUUUGGUUUCCGGCUAGGUUGUGCCCUUUGCAGGGGAGCGGUGGACGUGCUCCUGUUCGAUGUCUCGAAGCCCACCCAGGAGAUGCCGGAAGGGGUGACGUUCCUGCAGGGCGAUGUCCGUGUCGCCUCUGAAGUGGAAGACGCUCUCCAAGGGGUGUCUUGUGUCUUCCACAUUGCUUCCUACGGCAUGUCAGGCCGGGAACAGCUGAACCGCCGGCGUAUAGAAGAUGUGAAUUUGAGAGGGACGGAGAACGUCAUCCAAGCUUGCUGGAAAGUGGGUGUCUCCAGGCUGGUUUACACAAGCACGUACAAUGUGGUGUUUGGGGGACAGGUUGUGGAAAACGGAGAUGAGUCUCUGCCUUAUUUGCCUCUCCACCUUCACCCAGACCAUUAUUCGAGGACCAAAGCGUUGGCGGAGAUGAAAGUGCUGGAGGCAGAUGGGAUGAUCCUUGGGAAUGGCCAAGGCACCUUGAGGACCUGUGCCUUGAGGCCUGCUGGCAUCUAUGGUCCUGGCGAGCAAAGGCACCUUCCGAGGAUUGUCCGCUAUAUUGAACAGGGCUGGUUUCGGUUUGUCUAUGGGGACCCAGGAAGUCUGGUGGAUUUUGUGCACAUAGACAACCUGGUCCAGGCACACACAUUGGCUGCCCAGUCUCUGGCCUCUGGCGAGGGGCAGAAAGCAGCUGGCCAAGCUUACUUCAUUUCAGACGGUCGGCCGGUCAACAACUUUGAAUUUUUCCGGCCUUUGGUAGAAGGCUUGGGCUAUGCUUUCCCAACACUGCGCCUCCCUCUCCCUCUUGUUUACUUUUUCGCAUUUCUCACAGAAAUGGUGCAUUCUCUGGUCGGGCAUUUGUAUAACUUUCAGCCCCUGCUGACCCGCACAGAGGUUUACAAGACGGGGGUGACGCACUAUUUCAGCGUGGAGAAGGCCAAGAGGGAGCUGGGCUACGAACCCCGAGAGUACGGCCUGGAAGAAGUGAUCGAGUGGUUUAAAUCCCACGGCCAUGGCCGAAAGCUCAGCACAUACACCAUAGCGCAUUUCAUCCGGGAUGCCGUGUUCGUUCUGCUGCUUGUGGUGGUGGUCCUCUCGUGGUUCCCCCAGGCAGUGAGAGCGUCUGAUGGAGACACAGAAGAAUAAUGGCACAGUCUUCCUUGGACCUUCGUGAGGGUGCUAAACGGGGAAGAUGCCUGGAAUCGACCUUUCUUUGCUACUCCAGAGAAAGGAGCAGCGUGGGACCUUGUAGCUCUCCUGCCCUGACUUGCCCCCAUCUCCCAGAAGCCUCUGCAAAAGGAAGACAAAAGAAACUUCUCAUAUGUUCUUCUUUUCUACUAGAUGAACACCUAACUCUUUGCUCGACACCUUUGGUAAAGCUGAGGGACCAAAUGUUAAGCAAUGGGAGGAAGGUUACUUCCAGUGGUAUAUUCAGGGCUGUUCACUAUUUUUUAAGCUCAGGGAUAUUUCCAGAUAUUUUGGCCUAACAUUCCCAGAAUCCCUCACCAUUGACUAGGCUGCCUACAACUGAUGGGAACCGUGUGCCAAACUAUUAGGAGAGCCGUCAGCUGCUUUAGGCUGUUUUUACUUCCAGUCUUGGGUCUUACUUCUCCCGUUCUGGUGCUUAUCUUUGCCUAAGAGCUAAAUCUUAGGAUGGGUGCUGCUAAUUCUAGGCUGGCUGCGACUGAGGCGAACUGUGUGCCAUUUCUGUUGCAUCGAAUGAAGUAUGUUGUAGCUCGCAGAAUCUUGGGCCAAAAUAAACGCGUUUCGUCUUUCCA